CCCGGGUGGUUUCCCCCCUAUAAGAAAGCUGGCUGAGUGAAUUGGGUGUAGCUGUGUCUGUGUGCGCCUUGGCCAAUGGAACCAGAUCCUCCCUGCAGUGCGUAAGAGCGCGAUUUAGGAUUUAACCAAGUCUUUGCUGCGGGGCUGGCUGCAGUCUUCACCAGAGACCGACGGCCUGAGAGCCUUUCAACAAUGCCAGUGUAGUUUUCACACCACUUUGGAGUAAGACUGCCUCGUUUUUUGCUAAUUAAAUAAAACAAACCCACGCGUUACUUGUCGAAGUAUGACUGGAGUAUUCGACCGGAGGAUCCCGAGUGUGAAACCUGCAGAUUUCCAGAGCUCCUUUCAACUCUCCACCAUGCACCAUCCGUCUCAGGAAUCUCCUACUUUACCCGAGUCCACCGCCACGGAUUCUGGCUACUACAGUCCCGCAGCUGGAGUCACUCACGGCUACUGCUCGCCCAGCUCCACCUCGUACGGGAAGCCGCUCAAUGCCUACCAGUACCAGUACCCGGGUGUAAAUGGAUCCGCUGGAAAUUACUCGACAAAAUCCUACACUGAUUACAGCUCGUACACGACUCCCGCUUACCACCAGUACGCUGGGACUUACAGCAGAGUGCAAGCCCAGCCGAGUCCACAAGAAAAAGAGAUAAGUGAGCCUGAGGUGAGGAUGGUGAACGGCAAGCCGAAGAAAGUGAGGAAACCCCGGACGAUCUACUCCAGCUUCCAGCUGGCCGCCCUGCAGAGGCGGUUUCAGAACACACAGUACCUGGCCCUGCCUGAGAGAGCCGAGCUGGCUGCCUCGCUCGGGCUCACACAAACACAGGUGAAAAUUUGGUUCCAGAACAGGAGAUCAAAAUUGAAGAAGAUCAUGAAAAAUGGUGAACUUCCACCGGAGCACAGCCCCAGCUCCAGCGACCCCAUGGCCUGCAACUCACCACAGUCCCCGGCCGUUUGGGACACACAGGGCCCCUCCAGGCCGCACAGCCUACAGCCACAAAACAUCAACACGACCGCUUCUAACUUUUUGGAAACCUCGGGGUCAUGGUACACCUCAGCCGGCAGCUCCAUGGCUUCCCACCUGCAGACCCCUAACUCAAUACAGCACUCUUUGGCUCUCGGAGCGGGGACGUUAUAUUGAAAAAACCCUGUUGUUCAUUUCAAAUCUUCUUUUUUUUUUUCUCCUCCUACUUCUAUGGGACUCGUGUUCAAAUUUCAGAGGAAUAUGCAAUGUAUUUGAUGACAGUCAUAGAAGAAACGUGUAAAAUGUGUAAAUGUGUGCAUGUAAUUUAUUGCAUUUUGGAAGACUAUUAAACGUUUAAAUGGACAAUGGAUCUUUGAAAACUUCCGGCCUCACUGCAGUCUCUUGUUAUUUUAACCCGCAGUUAUUUACACUGAAAAUCACGACAAAGACUCACACACAUAAAUAAUGUUUGUGAGCCUCAGGUGACAUUUCCACGUCAGGUUCUAAAUCACAGCUGCUCAGUAU